AUGAAUAUUAAUCAAAUUGGGGAGCCAUCCAGAAUAAAGUCUUGUACUUUUGAUAUAAGAGAGGUAUCCAUUUAAGGUCAAAAAUAUUUUGCUUAUUACAAGAAAAAUACGAUGAAUCAAGACUUAGAUGAAUAUCUAGCUCUGGAUUUAAACUUAGUUCAUAAUUGCAAGUAUCUCAGAAAUUACAAAAGGAGUGCAGAUGGGCAUAAUUAUAAAGCCUUUGAAUAUCCUGGGGAAUACAAACUAUUAAGAGAUCUCAUUAAACCCAAAGAAGAAACAAUAUUGAAUAUUGUUUCUGAUUUAGUGUCUGCUUUAAUGAUUUUACAUUCUAAUUCACUUCUUGGUAGAUGUUUCAAUAUUGAUAAUAUUAUUCUGAUUAAUGGAACGACCCCAAUGUUAAUGGAAUUUGGAUACUAUCCAAAAAUGGAUUACAAAGUGCCUGAAUAAGUAAUCAGCACUCAACUGAAUGAGAAGGUAGACUUGUUCUUGCUAGGUAGAGUGAUCUAUUAUCUAACUGUUGGUAAAGAGUUGCCAAAUUACACUCUUAAUAAUUUUGGUGAAAAUGAAGAUAAAAUUAAUCUUGCUAUUGCAGAAACAAACUACUCUUAAAAAUUAAAAAUAUUUAUUUAAGGACUACUCUAAAAAAAUAGAUCUUAAAGAACUGAUUAUUUAAAAUUGGUUUAGAUGUUUGAUACUCCAAACAGUUCAAUAUUGUUGAGUUUUUAUUAGAAUGAGUUUUAGAAUUGCAAUAUAAUAAUCAAUGAGCAAUUAUAAGCAAGAUAAAACCAAGAUGUUGAAAUUGAAGAAAUAGUUCCAUUUAUUAUUGUCCCUAUUAUUAAUCCUAACAAAAUUAAAGGACCUUAUGUUUAAUAAAGAUAAAAACCUAAUAUUAUAGGAGAUAAUUUAGAACCACCGGAAUCGCCAUCCUUUUUAGGUGAUGAAGACAAUUUCAAUCCUCCUAUUUUAAAUACAUAGCACCCAUUAAUUAAUUGUUUUGAGGUGGAUUCAGAAGAAAUUAAUAGAGAGCUAUAAAAUAUAUUACCAUUUUAUAUUGAGUCUUUUGAUCAAUAAUCAAUCUGGAAUAAUAUAUUCUUUUCUUUAUAUCGUUUUGGUUUGGUGAAAAAAUUGAAUGAGAUGAUCAAAAAUUUUAAAAGAUUAAGUGAUGAUUUAACUUUAUGGAAGACCAGCUUUGCCUUAAGUAAAAUACAUAUAGUUUUGCAAAUAGAAUUUAUUAAUGACUUAAAUUAGGACAAAAAUGUAUUUGGUAUACACUAAGGCGAUUGGGUUUAAUUUAUUUCUAAGAAUAAAGAUUAUAAAAUAAUGAAACACAAAUUGCAAUAUGAAUUGGAAAAAGAUCAGAAACUCUUCAUUGGUCUUACAUUCUCUUAAUUAUACAAAGGAUAUUCAAUAUUUAGAUAAAAUCCACCAUAAAAUGAUCAUUUUUUAAACAAUAAUUUGCAAUACGAGACUUUUGAAGAAUAUAAAUUAGCAUAUAGAGGAAUUUUAAGUGAAUCUUUAGCAUUCUUUGAAAAAUGUUAGGGAAGAGAGUAUUCUUUAAUUAAAUUAUUUCUUCUAAUAUGCCUGAAAAUAAACAACAUAUGUGACAUAGACGCAAUUUAAGAAAAUUUUAAAUAUGUGGGGCAAGUCUUAAAUUUACCAUAAGUUAGUUCAAUUAAAGAAAUAGAAUACUUUUUCAAAAAUAAAAGUGAAACUAAUUUUGAUGAAUUUUAUAACAUAAUAAAAAGUAAAUUCUUUGCUUAAAAUCAAUAAUGA